AUGGCCGGUGUAAGCGAAUGUUUUUCAAUAGGAUCAAUUGUAGCUUGUAAAACAUGUUUUUCUAAGGAAAUCGAAGGAGAAGUUUUAGCAUUCGAUCCACAAACAAAAAUGCUUAUAUUAAAAUGUCCAUCAAGUAGUGGACGGCCAUCACGUAGUGAUAUAUUUGUAGUAAAUUUAGCAUUGGUGAGUGAUGUACAGGUGAAAAAAGAAGUCACCUCAGUUUCAGAUUCACCAAAUUCAUUAAAUUUACAUAGGUUAAAUACAAGGAUAAAAAACCAAGUUGAAAAAAAAAAAAGAUUGGGGAAUGCUUUAAAUGCUGGAGUUUCACCAGAAGGUCAAAAAUUAUUUUUGGCUAUUUCAAAAACUAUAAAUGAAGUUUCAUGGAGCGGAGUGAACAUAAUGGUUUGGAAUAAAGUCACAAUAACUCCUCCAUACAAAGCUGAAAAUCUACUCGGGGAUCCAGACUGUAAAGCACUGCCACACAUAAAAAAAAUUGUCGAAAAACACAUAAAAGAUUCUCUGUACCAAGGAAACUGA